CUGCGGACAUAGUGACGUCAAUUAGACGUCAUAUCCUACCAGUCAUAGUUGAAGUUUGGCAGUGAGCGUGAGCAAUAGUCAUAUCAUGCACAGCUACCGACCGAUAGUACAGUUUUUGACGGGAAUCACCGCAGUUGGCGUGUUUUACUUCGGGUUACCAUACGUUUUGCCUGAUACAGAGACAACUGCCCAGCAAAAUGAGUUUGUAUCCAUCACUCGAGGACAUGAAGGUGGACCAGAUGGCAAAGGCCCAACAGGAGAUAAGUAACCGCAUCAUAAGUGCUGUGGGUGGGAUGCCUUCCUCAAGUGGCGGGUCUGUGGCAGCUCCACCCUAUCCUCUUCAUCCUGAGCAUAGUGGAGGGCAUGCAUACCCAGGGUUAAGUGAGUACAUGGGCUUGGAGUUCACUGAUGAGAUCCUCAGACUCAACAUGCCCGAGUACCUGCCUGGUCAGCAGCUGCAGCCUCUGCAUAGUAAUCAGGUGGUGGCUGCUACUCCAGGCUUCAACCAGCAGUUGGUAGCCCCCAUCUCCUCAACUGCCAUGAAUGUCAUCAGCCACAGCACUCCCACUAAUGCCAUCAGACAGGUUGUGCUAUGCAAAGACGCAAACGGCAAAGUUGGCAUGAGAGUCAAAGACAUCAACAAGGGUGUCUUUGUCUGCUUGGUCAUGAAAGAUUCUCCGGCCGCGCUUGCAGGAUUACGUUUUGGUGACCAACUAUUGGAGCUAAACGGCACGGUAUUGGCGGGCCUGUCCACAGACAAGGUGCAUGCGCUGGUCAAGAAGUGUUCGGCAAACAACAUCUCACUUGCAGUGAGGGACCGACCAUUCGAGCGAGCUAUCACAUUGCACAAAGACAGCCACGGUCACAUCGGCUUCCAGUUCAAAGAUGGCGAGGUGAUCGCCAUCGUGAAGGACAGCUCCGCGGCCAGGAACGGCAUGGUCAUUCAGCAUCAAAUGCUCGAGGUAAACGGCCAGAACGUUGUGGGUCUGAAAGACAAGGCGAUCACGGAGAUCGUGCGUGACAGCGGCAACAUCUUGACUGUGACGAUCAUGCCGAGCUUCGUGUACAAGCACAUGAUGAAGCACAUGGCUUCGUCUCUAACCAAAAUCAUGGACCAUGCGUUGCCUAUGCUUUGAGUACUAUCAAGUUUGUGGAAUUAUAUGUCUUGGCUCGAAUAUUUACUCUGCUGUUGGGCAUAAUUACUAAUUUCUUUCAUCUUUUUCAUUGUUAUGUUGUAUAACCUACCCCUCAUGAUGUAUGAUGAAUAUUAUCUAUUGUAGAAGGCUAGAACACUUUAUCGGCAUUUCGCUUUCUCGUCUGGUCUCAAAUGUUAUCUUUGGCGCAUGCUGCAGGCUGUUUCACUAUUGCAGCUCGUUGGAACAGCUUUGAGGCAGUUGAGGAGUAAGUGUUUACAACUUCAUAGAGAUCUUUAGAAAAAUUUAAGCAUAAAUUGCACCUGCUGCCUUUUAAUCUGCACUUCAAUAUUUUACGAGACCUCGGUGUAGAUUUAGUUUUCUGCUUACUUAAAUCACAAACUUAUCAAGGCUUGAUUGUGUGCAAUGAUUUAGGCGGUCGAAAUUUACCACUGUUAAUGUAUGCGUGCAGAACGUCGGUUUUAAGGAUAAUGGCACCAUGUUGUACCAGUACGACACCUGUUAUUUACCUUCUAAUUCGGACCAAAUAUAAUAGAAUCGCAGUUUAUACUAUGGGAGAAAAUCUCGUUUUUUAAACAUGAAAUUUUUAAAUCAUAAUAAGGUUCGAUUUUUUUUUCAGCCAUUACAGGUGAAGUAAAUUUUGAAAUUCGUAUCUUAUUAACAUUAUCCAUUCUGAUACUUACAAUCCAACCCUGGCUGUCGACUAACAGGGUUGUCGGAUUUUUUUAAUGUUGGUUCUUUCCUAUGAGUCUAUCGUCUCGUAAAUGCUCUUAACGUACCUUUCAACGUAUUAAAGCUGCAAAGCCUUAUUGAUAUUAAAGCAUAAAAAGGACCAUUUUUGUCCAGCGACGAAAAGAAUAAAUUGUAGAAUAUUACCAUUCAUACAUUUAUUUGAAAUCUUUAUCAUUUGACCUGUUCAACUAAAAUUUGUCCAUCGACUGCCAUUUAAUUCUUCGUACUAACACAUGGUUCUCUGCAUUUAUUGUUUUAGAUAACUAUACGGGAGCUCUAGUGACUAGUCUGCACGAAACAUUGAAUUAAUGUCACACUUAACGGGGACCUGAAAAAAUAUAUGAAAAAAUCGUUUCUUUAUAAAUCGCAAUCAAUUCAAUAAAAUUAAAGUUGCUGUGAAGAAUAUCAAUGUCAUAGGAUUUUUUAUAUAACAAGUUUAUCAAUUCGUAUGAUUUUUUACAAUCGUUUUCAUACCUUCAUCCUUUUAUCCGAGCUGUUCGUACACUCAAGUGCCAACGUUUAUAGUGAUAUUCCUAAGAUCAUUAUUGAAAAUAUAUUCAUGUGUAUUGUUGUACAUUUGGUACUGUAGAAAUUAUGUAAACUAAAAUAUUUUUGAUUAUUCGGCUUUCUUACAAAUCUGAAUGCGUUAUUAUUUUUUUCGUAGCUGUAAACAUUACAAAGAUUCUUUAUAAUUUGUUUAAUUUGACAGGCAAAGGACAAUAUUUUUGUGCCGUUUUUCGUACGGGGAUUGUUUGUUUCUGUUUGCAAAAGUGUCAAGUUUCUAUUAUUCUUGUUGUAAUUACCUCAUUAUUGUGAAUAAAUGCAAUUUACAUUUGUAAAUGAA